GCAUGUAACAUGCGCUUGUCUGAUUUGCGAGGUGGCGCGUGACGAUGCACGGAAGUAAUUGAGCCCUGGGCAGCGUGCAUGAGUCAAAUCCAAAAUAUGGAACAAAAUAAUGACGGGAACCUGUCGCAGGUCCGGCAUGUUGUGUUGGUCCUGUCGGGGAAGGGAGGCGUGGGCAAGAGCACCAUCACCACGGAGUUGGCGCUGGCGCUCAGGCAUGCUGGCAAGAAGGUCGGCAUUCUGGACGUGGACCUCUGUGGGCCCAGUAUUCCCCGCAUGCUCGGUGUAGGCCGGCCUGACGUACACCAGUGUGACUCUGGAUGGGUGCCGGUCUACACCGAUGCCCAGAAGAGCCUCGCCCUUAUGUCCAUUGGCUUCCUGCUGGAGGACCCAGAUGAAGCAGUGGUCUGGAGGGGGCCCAAGAAAACAGCUAUGAUAGCCCAGUUUGUGUCCGAUGUGGCAUGGGGCGAGCUGGAUGUGCUGCUGGUGGACACACCUCCAGGGACAUCAGACGAACAUUUGGCGGUGCUGGAGAACCUUAAAAAACACAGAGUGGACGGAGCCGUCUUGGUCACCACACCUCAGGCGGUAUCCACGGGGGAUGUGAGGAGAGAGAUCACCUUUUGUAAAAAGACAGGCGUACGGAUCCUCGGCAUCAUCGAGAACAUGAGUGGAUUUGUUUGUCCACACUGCUCGGACUGCAGCAAUAUAUUCUCAAAAGGUGGAGGUGAAGAGUUAGCCAAGUUGACUGGAUCAACAUUCCUCGGUUCUGUGCCCCUGGAUCCUCUGCUCAGCACCAGCAUAGAGGAGGGUAAAGACUUCAUGCAGUCUUUUCCCGAGAGCGCCACUUUCAGUGCCAUCAGCAGCAUUUCUCAGACUCUGUUCAACAGCCUCCAAACAGCAUGAGCUUGGAAUGUGUGUAAAGUCGGCAUUGCGUUUACAUGUUAGCAAAUGUGCUCUGUAUAAUAACAUAUAAAACGUUCUGAUUAUCUUGUUUUAUACCUUUAAAUAAAAUCAGCAUCCGCCACUAGUACAA